AUGUCCGAUGACGUGACCGUGGUGGUGGCUGCGGGGAAUGAAAACGGAUACGCAUGCGAGUUCAAUCCGGCAUACAUCUCGUCGGCGAUUACUGUCGCGUCUUAUGGUGGAAUUGGUGGUUCGUCACCAGCCAUGUCCACGUACAGUAAUUACGGGUCUUGCGUCGAUGUUUGGGCUCCAGGCUCGUCGAUCCAUUCGACUGCGCACUCCAGCGACACUGCGGUGGAUACUGGUUUCAGCACAGCAUAUUCCUGCGCACACGUCACUGGGCUUGUGGCCAUUAUGUACGAGGCGAAUCCAACGGCGGGUGGCAUGACCGCUUCCCAGAGGUGGAAUCUUUCGACGGCCUCCAGACGCUUGCACUACGUCACUGGACUCCCCAGUGCACCAUACACUCCGAAUGUGGUGCCCUUGGCACCUACGCCGGGGCAGCCGCCAGUCUGUGUCGACACCGACGACGGGGCCCCUCAAAUAGUUUUUCCUGCAACGAUUGGUUUGAUUUUCACAGCACUGCCAUAA